CCACACAAUGAAAAGGAAUGCUCCUUCUGAAACACCUGUGCUCAGGGUGGAGGUGUUUGUCUCCUGCACGUCAGACUUGUGACUGUAUGUGGAAAAUUUUCUUUGUUUACAGAGACAUAAUCGUUUAAUUAUGGAAAACAAAACAAUUUCAAUCUUUUCCUAGCAUCAUUUCUUAACAAGUGCUUGAAACAUGACUCCUGCUGUCUUCCUGGCCAUCCUGUGCUUGGCAGUUACCUCAGCUGCUGAAUCCUCUGAGCCCAUCCUGGAUGCAGAACAUGAAGACCAGCCAAUAAAAAAUGAGCAGGAUAGAGAAGGAUACAGAAGGCAGAUAUGGGAGGAAUUUAUGAAGAAGGUUGAACUCUACUAUAAGAAGAAUGCCCAAAAGAAUGACAGCCUCAACACAGAAAUGGAAGACAUUGAUGAUUUUGAAAAUGACCAGAAUACUGAUAGCUUCAACAUAGAAAUGGAAGACUUUAAUGACUUGACUGAUGCUGAGUUCAAGAAUUUGAUGGAUAAAAUUUUGUUCCCAAUGUUUGGAGAGGAGGAAAAAGACCAGCCAGCUGGUGAUGACGACCCUAAACUUGAGGAUUUGUCAAGGAGCGAUGACGUGACUCCUGUACAGGAUUAGCAGAGGCAACACGGAUGGCAACAUAAAGUUAGCCAAGGAGUGAAGCAACCACUGUACCUUUGUCUCAGAGACUUCUGCCCCAAGAUGUGAGAUGCAUGAUGGUGAAAAGAAGGUCUGAACUGGGGGAGGGGAGCCGAAACAGCAAGGAGCCUCCCCAUCACAGGAUCCAACACUCAAAUCCCCUAAGAGCCACACUGUGGUGUGAACUCCAAGGCAUGUUCACCCUAAAGCAAAGCAAAGCAAAACAAAACAAGACAAAAAAAACCCUACGAAGCCUUUAACCCAUGCUCUCAACUCCUUUAUAUUAAUGAUUCUCAGAAUGAUUUUUAGAUUUAACUUUAAAAUACGAAUAUACAAAUCUGUGUCUUUAAAAUAAAGCUUCAUUUAACACUCAGUA